AUGUGGGGGGGGGGGGGGGGGGGGGGGGGGGGGGGGGGGGGGGGGGGGGGGGGGGGGGGGGGGGGGGGGGGGGGGGGGGGGGGGGGGGGGGGGGGGGGGGGGGGGGGGGGGGGGGGGGGGGGGGGGGGGGGGGGGGGGGGGGGGGGGGGGGGGGGGGGGGGGGGGGGGGGGGGGGGGGGGGGGGGGGGGGGGGGGGGGGGGGGGGGGGGGGGGGGGGGGGGGGGGGGGGGGGGGGGGGGGGGGGGGGGGGGGGGGGGGGGGGGGGGGGGGGGGGGGGGGGGGGGGGGGGUGGGGGGGGGGGGGGGGGGGGGGGGGGGGGGGGGGGGGGGGGGGGGGGGGGGGGGGGGGGGGGGGGGGGGGGGGGGGGGGGGGGGGGGGGGGGGGGGGGGGGGGGGGGGGGGGGGGGGGGGGGGGGGGGGGGGGGGGGGGGGGGGGGGGGGGGGGGGGGGGGGGGGGGGGGGGGGGGGGGGGGGGGGGGGGGGGGGGGGGGGGGGGGGGGGGGGGGGGGGGGGGGGGGGGGGGGGGGGGGGGGGGGGGGGGGGGGGGGGGGGGGGGGGGGGGGGGGGGGGGGGGGGGGGGGGGGGGGGGGGGGGGGGGGGGGGGGGGGGGGGGGGGGGGGGGGGGGGGGGGGGGGGGGGGGGGGGGGGGGGGGGGGGGGGGGGGGGGGGGGGGGGGGGGGGGGGGGGGGGGGGGGGGGGGGGGGGGGGGGGGGGGGGGGGGGGGGGGGGGGGGGGGGGGGGGGGGGGUGGGGGGGGGUGGGGGGGGGGGGGGGGGGGGGGGGGGGGGGGGGGGGGGGGGGGGGGGGGGGGGGGGGGGGGGGGGGGGGGGGGGGGGGGGGGGGGGGGGGGGGGGGGGGGGGGGGGGGGGGGGGGGGGGGGGGGGGGGGGGGGGGGGGGGGGGGGGGGGGGGGGGGGGGGGGGGGGGGGGGGGGGGGGGGGGGGGGGGGGGGGGGGGGGGGGGGGGGGGGGGGGGGGGGGGGGGGGGGGGGGGGGGGGGGGGGGGGGGGGGGGGGGGGGGGGGGGGGGGGGGGGGGGGGGGGGGGGGGGGGGGGGGGGGGGGGGGGGGGGGGGGGGGGGGGGGGGGGGGGGGGGGGGGGGGGGGGGGGGGGGGGGGGGGGGGGGGGGGGGGGGGGGGGGGGGGGGGGGGGGGGGGGGGGGGGGGGGGGGGGGGGGGGGGGGGGGGGGGGGGGGGGGGGGGGGGGGGGGGGGGGGGGGGGGGGGGGGGGGGGGGGGGGGGGGGGGGGGGGGGGGGGGGGGGGGGGGGGGGGGGGGGGGGGGGGGGGGGGGGGGGGGGGGGGGGGGGGGGGGGGGGGGGGGGGGGGGGGGGGGGGGGGGGGGGGGGGGGGGGGGGGGGGGGGGGGGGGGGGGGGGGGGGGGGGGGGGGGGGGGGGGGGGGGGGGGGGGGGGGUGGGGGGGGGGGGGGGGGGGGGGGGGGGGGGGGGGGGGGGGGGGGGGGGGGGGGGGGGGGGGGGGGGGGGGGGGGGGGGGGGGGGGGGGGGGGGGGGGGGGGGGGGGGGGGGGGGGGGGGGGGGGGGGGGGGGGGGGGGGGGGGGGGUGGGGGGGGGGGGGGGGGGGGGGGGGGGGGGGGGGGGGGGGGGGGGGGGGGGGGGGUGGGGGGGGGGGGGGGGGGGGGGGCAGACACGGGGAGAACAUGCCAAACUCCACUCAGAAAGGCCCUGGUCCGGCCGGGAUUCAAACCCAGGACCUUCUUGCUGAGAGGCAAGAGUGCUAUCCACUCAGCCACCGUGCCGCCCAUUAA